CAGUAUUGUCCUUCUCCAAUCUAGAUAUAUCGUGGCCAGUAUUAUCCUUCUCCAAUCUGGAUAUAGUGUGACCAGUAUUUUCCUUCUCCAAUCUAGAUUUAUGGUGUGACCAGUAUAUUGUCCUUCUCCAAUCUAGGUAUUUCGUGACCAGCAGUUUCUCGAUAUUAUCUUGGUUACAAGACGUAGUAUUUAGUAAUGGUCAUCGCUUAUGAAUGAAGCAAUCUGAAAGGCAAAAAAACAAACACAAAAACUCUAAUUAUGAUAACAAGGACGCAAAAGUACGAAGACGAAUAUAUAGAAAACACGAAAGUACGAAACAGCGGGAAAAAAACGUGAAAACACGACGAAGAUAAAACGAAAUGGACAAAUUUAUAAGCUUUCGCGUCUUGGUAUUCGUGCGUUCGCAUGUUUGUCAUCGAACUUUCGUGAUUUUGUGUACGUGUCCUUUCGUGUCCGUAUUUUGAGGGGUUUUUUGUUGUUGUUUUUUCGUAUUGUCGCGUGAUUUCGUGCUUACUUCAUUCAUAGGUGAUGGCAUUUACGUGACAUCGUAUAAUUCUGUAGCAGUUUUUUUACGACACGAAUGGCGGGGGUAUAGUCUUACGCUUUUUAUGACUUCGUGAUAAUUGGCCUGGUUUCAAGUUAAGUGUAUUUGAGUUUUAACAAUAAAUUUGAUUGCAUAACUAUAUUCACUGUGUAUAUUUUACAAACAGUUUUAAAACUUACUGGUGCAAUUCAACGGAUUACAUUCAUAUUGCACUUUGUAAAUUACUAGGAUAAUUGUUUCAUGAGACAUAUGAUACAAUUACCUUAUUUUAUAGGGAUUUAUAGCUUGUGUUAAAAUAGAAAAAGAAGCUGACGUUCAAAGUGUUGGAUACAAUAUAUGAAAUAUUUAAAAGAGCGGCUGAAAUACGGUCCUGACCGCGGAUAUAGAGUAAAGAGUUAAAGAUAUUUACAGAACAACUCCAAUUGAAAAUAUGGUCUGGAUUAAAUUGAUUAAAACAAGAUUUAUUGGAUUGACAAGGGUGCUAUUUAAAUUAGUGUGUGUAGGUUUAAUGCUCCUAUGUGCGAUAAACCUGGUUAUGUUUGUGCAAGACCGUUUCCGGUCACAAUAUUAUGUACAGUUUACAAAUAGUUCCGGUCAAAGAACCGGUCACAACAUUCUACACUCCAAUAAACCGCUAGAGAAACCUAACUUUCAACAAUCAGAAAAUCCUUCUUUGUAUCUCCAGUCAGACAGAUUUGAUUUGAUAUUUAAAAUGGUUUAUGCGUAUUUCUAUGUGUUUAAGAAACAUGUGCCACAAGCAAUCGAAAAUGCGUAUACAGAACAUAUUCGAGUAUGGAAUAAUUUCAAAGAAUACUGCUCUGAUCAAAAUAAACUUUGGUUUGAUAAGAAACUUCCGUGUAAGAACAAAAUGAAUAAAUUCGACUUUAUGUCGUCAUUCCACAAGACCAUAGAUAAAACUAAGGAAAAAGGAUUUAAUUCUAGUUUAUCAAGAAUACCCAUAGACAAAAAUGGCUUCCUUCUAAAUGGUGCACAUAGAAUUGCAACCUCUAUUAUUUUGUCACAAGAUGCAAGUUUUGAACAUUUUGAUUACUCACGACGAUUCAAAUGGGGAUACGAAUUUUUUCAAAAUUUGAAACUUUCUGAAAAUAUUAUGAAUAUGGCAAUGCUAGAAUGGAUGAAAAUCCAAAUAAAGCUACCAGAGUUGAUGUCGCCUGUUUCUAUAGUUUCUAUAUUUUCAAAUAACGAGAUGAAAGAUAAAGAAAUGAGAAAUAUAGUAAGGGAGAAAUGCUCUCGAGAUAACGGCAUUUUAUAUGAACAGAGAAUUAACAUUGGACAAAAUGGCGCACGUGAAUUAUUCACACAUAUGUAUGGACAACAACCGUGGCUGGACGUGAAAAUUAAACAGAUGCAAUCGAAAUUUACAAAAUAUUUUAGUGCCUUAUUCCUCUUUGUUUAUGCCAGGGACAGCAAGGAUCUAGUUCAAUGUAAAAACUGAAAUCAGAA